AUGCUGAGGAUGAAGCUCCCGCUGAAGCCGACGCACCCCGCCGAGCCGCCGCCCGACGCGGAGGAGCCCGACGCGGACGCGCGGCCGGGCGCGAAGGCACCGCCACGCCGCCGCCGCGACUGCCGCCCGCCGCCGCCCUCGGGCCCGCCGCGGGGCCCCCCGCCGCCGCCGCCGCCGCCGCCGUCGCCGCCGCCGCCGCCGCCGCCCCUGGGGCUCGGGCCGCCUGUUGCUGGCGGGCCGGCGGCGGGGGCGGCGGGCAUGCCGGGCGGCGGCGGCGGAGCCGCGGCGGCGCUGCGCGAGCAGGAGCGGGUGUACGAGUGGUUCGGGCUGGUGCUGGGCUCGGCGCAGCGCCUGGAGUUCAUGUGCGGGCUGCUGGACCUGUGCAACCCGCUGGAGCUGCGCUUCCUCGGCUCGUGCCUGGAGGACCUGGCGCGCAAGGACUACCACUACCUGCGCGACUCGGAGGCCAAGGCCAAUGGCCUCUCGGACCCGGGGCCGCUGGCCGACUUCCGAGAGCCCGCCGUGCGCUCGCGCCUCAUCGUCUACCUGGCGCUGCUGGGCUCGGAGAACCGGGAGGCCGCCGGCCGCCUGCACCGCCUCCUGCCCCAAGUGGACUCGGUGCUCAAGAGCCUGCGCGCGGCCCGGGGCGAGGGCUCGCGGGGCGGCGCGGACGACGAGCCGGGCGACGCGGAGCCGGACGCCGAAAAAGACGGCUCGGGCCUGGAAGGCGGCGGCCCCGAGCCCGGGGCGGGCGGCGGGCUCGGCUCGCGGGCCCAGGAGGAACUGCUACUGCUGUUCACCAUGGCUUCGCUGCACCCGGCUUUCUCCUUCCACCAGCGGGUUACCCUAAGGGAGCACCUGGAGCGGCUCCGUCACGCGCUCCGCGGGGUCGCCGAGGACGCGGAGGUGGAGCCGGGCAACUUUGCGGGCUCCAGGCCCCAGAAUGCCUUCGUUCAUGAUGAUUUCAUGCAAAGAAGUGAGACAGGUUUCAUAGAACAAGCCCCAGUACCUCAGAAUGGACUGACUGUGGCCCCUCACAGAGCUCAGCAAGAAGCUGUACACAUUGAGAAGAUAAUGUUGAAAGGAGUGCAGAGAAAAAGGGCUGACAAAUAUUGGGAGUACACAUUCAAAGUAAAUUGGUCUGAUCUUUCAGUCACAACAGUAACAAAAACCCAUCAAGAACUACAAGAAUUUCUACUGAAGCUUCCAAAGGAAUUGUCUUCAGAGACUUUUGACAAAACCAUCUUAAGAGCCCUGAAUCAGGGUUCCAUAAAAAGGGAGGAGCGGCGACACCCUGACCUGGAGCCCAUACUGAGGCAGCUAUUUUCAACAUCAUCCCAAGCUUUUCUACAGAGUCAGAAAGUACACAGCUUUUUCCGGUCCAUGUCGUCAGACUCUCUACACAAUCUCAGUAACUUACCAUCCUCUCUGAAGACUUCUAAAAUAUUGGAACACUUAAAAGAAGACAGCUCAGAAGCUUCCAGUCAAGAAGAAGAUGUGUUACAACACACCAUCAUUCACAAGAAGCAUACUGGGAAGAGUCCUGUUGUGAACAGUGUUGGUACAAGCUGUUCUCCAUUGGAUGGGCUUACCCUGCAGUACUCCGAACAGAAUGGAAUUGUGGAUUGGAGGAAACAAAGCUGUGCCGCCAUCCAGCACCCAGAGCACUGUGUGACCUUAGCUGACCAGCAUUCUGCUGAUAAACGGAAUUUAUCUUCAGUAAAUAAGAAGAAAGGAAAGCCACAAGUAGAAAAGGAGAAAAUAAAGAAAACUGACAACAGACUGAAUAGUAGAAUAAAUGGUAUUAGACUCUCCACUCCUCAGCAUGCCCAUGGUGGUGGUGUAAAAGAGUUGUUAUUUUUAGAUGUGAAUUUGGACAUUGGAUCUGGACAUGACACAUGUGGAGAAACAUCUUCAGAGAGUUACAGUUCUCCAUCUAGUCCACGACAUGAUGGAAGAGAAAGUUUUGAAAGCGAAGAAGAAAAGGACAGAGAUACAGACAGCAAUUCUGAGGAUUCCGGAAAUCCAUCAACAACCAGGUUUACAAGUUAUGGGUCUGUCAACCAGACUGUCACUGUCAAGCCACCUGGUCAGAUUGUUUCACUAGGAAACGAGAAUGGAAACAUUUUAGAAGACCCCCUGAAUUCACCCUUGAACUCACCCAAGUACCCGCAUAUCCCUUUCAUGCCAGCGCUACACUGUGUCAUGCACAAUGGUGCCCAGAAGCCUGAGGUUGUUAUUCCUCCACCCAAAUCUGCAGAUGGCAAAACAAUAGGGAUGCUUGUUCCUAGUCCUGUUGCUAUUUCUGCAAUAAGAGAGUCUGCAAACUCAACCCCUGUUGGAAUCCUGGGGCCAACAGCUUCUACAGGAGAAUCAGAAAAGCACCUUGAAUUGCUGGCCUCUCCGCUGCCUGUUCCGUCGGCCUUCCUUCCACACAGUAGUACUCCUGCUCUACACCUAACAUUUCAGAGGCUUAAAUUGCCACCACCACAGGGAUCUUCUGAGAGUUGCACAGUUAAUAUCCCACAACAACCAGCCGGAAAUCUGAGCAUCGGGUCACCAAACACUGCCUUUAUUCCUGUCCAUAACCCAGGUAGUUUCCCAGGAUCUCCUGUGGCUACCACGGACCCCAUCACAAAAUCUGCAUCCCAAGUGGUAGGACUAAAUCAAAUGGUGCCUCAAAUGGAGGGAAACACGGGGACAGUCCCUCAGCCUACCAAUGUGAAGGUAGUUCUUCCAGCAGCUGGCCUCUCAGCCGCACAGCCACCAGCGUCCUACACCUUACCAGGCUCUCCCCUUGCUGCCAACGUGUUACCCACUCAGAAUUCUAAUGUGCUCAACACAGCAGCCACUUCUGCCCAGCCAGCAAGUGCAGGAAUCAGUCAGGCCCAGUCCACUAUCCCUCCCGCAGUCCCUACCCAUACCCCAGGCCCUGCUCCAAGCCCAAGCCCUGCUUUGACACACAGUACUGCACAGAGUGACAGCACAUCUUACAUCAGUGCUGUGGGGAACACGAACGCUAAUGGGACGAUAGUGCCACCCCAGCAGAUGGGCUCAGGGCCGUGUGGUUCUUGUGGUCGAAGGUGCAGCUGUGGGACCAAUGGAAACCUUCAGCUAAAUAGUUACUAUUAUCCCAAUCCAAUGCCUGGACCAGUGUACCGAGUCCCGUCGUUCUUCACUCUGCCAUCCAUUUGCAAUGGCAGCUACCUCAACCAAGCACAUCAGAGCAAUGGAAACCAACUUCCUUUUUUUCUGCCUCAGACUCCAUAUGCAAAUGGACUAGUGCAUGACCCAGUCAUGGGAAGCCAAGCCAACUAUGGCAUGCAACAGAUGGCAGGAUUUGGGAGAUUCUAUCCCAUAUAUCCAGCACCUAAUGUAGUUGCCAAUACCAGUGGUUCGGGGCCCAAGAAGAAUGGGAAUGUCUCCUGUUACAAUUGUGGUGUAAGCGGGCACUAUGCACAGGACUGUAAGCAGUCGUCCAUGGAGGCCAACCAACAAGGCACUUACAGACUGAGAUACGCACCUCCCCUCCCCCCUUCUAAUGAUACGUUGGAUUCCGCAGACUGAACCACGUAAAGCUUGCCUGCUUAGCACACUCCGGUGUGGGAUCGCGGGUGUGGAGGGGAGGCGAGGAAAGGUAUUUUGUUUUUUGUCUACACAUUUCUAUGCAGUUGGGAGUUUUCAUUUCUCUUGUACCAAUGUCCAAAAUAAGAAAGAAUGAAAUGCUUCUGAGCCUUUGGUCUCCUGGUUCAACAACAGGCUUCUCUGUAUGAUACACGGAACUCACACUUCCAGACGAACUAUCAAAAGGAAAUGUUGACGCGUGCUUUGUUUUUCACUGAAUACUUGCUGUGUGCAAUGUUUACUGAAUCUUCAAAACUGUGUAUUUGACCUUUUUUUUUUUUUUUACAACACUGGUAACAGUCAUAUGGUUUUGAAAAAAGAAACUGCUUCUUCCCUUGCUUUUCUCACUUUCACCCUAAACUAUACUUCUCUCCCACCCCCCUCAAAGCUCUCCCUUUUCCCUGCCUUGCCCAUGGCAGGGGCGCCCAGUGGUGUAUUGUCCGCACCUCUGUAAACUGCUCUGCAAGUAGUCCAAGGGCAAAACGUUCAACCUUACCUUAUGGGAGAAACCAAGUUCCCAAGACAGUGUGUAUAUACGUAAAAACAGCAUCCCAUGAACACAUACACGCAGUGCUUGUGUCCAAACGAGAACAAGGAAGAAGUCAAACCAUAGGAAGCUGAAACGUGCAUUUGAAAUGGACAAAAAACAUUUUCUUAAAAGGAAACGACUUUUCCUUCCAUCAUACUCCUCUAGCCUGUUGCUUCAGAGAGACAGCGUGAACACACUGGUGUGAAUGUUCUCUGUGUGCUUGUGUUUGUGGCGAGAGACGACGGCCAGUUCUACGCGUCGUCCACCAUUGUGUCCUGCUCAAAGACACUACUUGAGUAAAUAUUUCUUCUUUUGCUGUACCAACUGUUACAGUGUUACGUUGUGUUUGAAAUAAGUGUGGUUUAUUGCAAUCCGAACAGAAGCUAUGGGUUUCCACAAAGUCAGGUAUUUGUCCCCUAACCUGUCUCUCGUAGCAAAGUCACUUUUAUAACCGUUUACCACUAUGCUUGAUUAUAAUGUGAAAGACUGAAUUCUGAGUGUGUCGAGAUGGUAUUAAUCAUGUCAGUGUCAUGUCACUAAGUUUAAUGCUGCUGUUCUUAAAAAAAGAAAAAGUUUUGUUGUUGUUGUUGUUGUUUUAAAAAAAAGCCAAUCUAUGUACUUAAUUGCUUCCAGGUAAUUUUUGAUUUCCUAAAGUGCACUGAGGUUAUCUGGAAGAUGGAGUGUGAUUCUUGGUGACUGCUGCUCUCAACAGCAAUGAACAGCUACCACGGUGUAGUCAUUGUUUUAGGGGUGAGGGCCCUGUUGUCCCAUUCUUAAGCACGGCAGGAAAGACGCGUCUUUGUUGUGGAGGGUUGUGCUGGUGUGUAGCGGAGGAACGUCAUGCUUGGUCUUGGGUCAGAAGCCUGACAUUGCUAGACAGA